GUUAAUGGUCUUGCUGCUUCCUUGAGGGUUUCUGAUUCUCUAAGGAUCAUCACAGAUAUUUGCCGUGUUGGAAUCUCUCCUGCUGAGGAGGUUCCCUUUGGUAAAGUUGUGAGAUGUCCGAGCUGUUUGAUUGCCAUUGCUGUUGCACAACCCCAGCAUGGAGUUCAGAUUGUCUCCUGCGCUAAUUGCCGUUACCAGUACGAGCUUUUCUCUGGUGACAUAACCAGCAUUGAAUCACAAGAGCUCGGCAAGGACAUUCCUCUCUGGGAAAAGGGGCUCAGGCUUAUCCAGAUAAAGAAGAACAAACUCAUUUCUUCCGUGCACUCGAUUGUGGUACAAACUCCUUCUGGUACAGCAAGAACGCACAGGUUUGCCACUGAGACCGCCGAGCUACCUGCACAAGAAGGAGAAAGAGUGACAAUUGCAUCCGCUGCUCCUCAAAAUGUAUACAGACAAGUGGGACCUUUCAAGUUUACCCCAAAAGCUCCAAACUUUUACUCUGGAGAACCUAUGAGCCUCACAAAGCACAAGGACGGAAGAGAAUCGGUUUUGCUGAGACCUCCAAGUAAAGACGGAGAUAAAACCUUGCAGCCCUCGUUUCUGAUUCCUCUGCUUGCUGUUUUGGCUACUGGAGAUGCUGCUUCCGGCAUCAUUGAUCCCAGCUUGCCUCAGUUACUCUCAGUUGCUGCUGUUACAUCACUCGCAAUCGGAGCAACCUUCAAUUCUUUUCUUCUUCCUCAGCUAAAUCAGCUCCCUGAACGGACAGUGGAUGUGGUGGGUAUCAAACAGCAACUCUUAUCUCAGUAUGAUGUGCUCCAGCGUCGCAUUAGAGAUCUAAAAGAAGCAACUGAGAAAGAGGUGUGGAUGUUGGCUCGAAUGUGCCAGCUCGAGAACAAAAUUUUAGCAGUGGGAGAGCCAGCGUACCGGACUCGAAGAACAAGAGUAAAGAAGGUACGAGAAGCUCUGGAAAACUCCAUAAAAGGAAAGAUUGAGCUUAUCGAUAGCUAUGCUAGAAUAUCUUCAAUGAUUGAGAUCGAAGUGGAAAUGGACAGUGAUGUUCUUGCAGCCGAGGCAGUGAACAACACUGAGAAUAUUGCUCAACAGAUAGAGCAGAUCAUGGAACUCGAAAACCUUGAAGAAAAAUGGAAAAUACAGGCUGAAGCAAACGAUGAGGCAGAGAGACUUCUCAGCUCUCAACCUUAA